AUGCUGAAGUAUUUCCCUCGAGAGACCCAACGUAUAAAACGGGGUGUGAGGGACUCUGGCAAUCAGUAUCGAGUUGUUCCAUCGGUGAGAAAGAUGGUGUCGAGAACGGCGAUUUGCGUUGGUGUUGCAGUGGCGUUGUUGGGUGUUGUUUGUGCCGCGAGUGCACUCAGGCUGCCCUACUACGACUUGGAAGUGGCCGGGUCGGGAAAGCACGAGGAGUGGAAGCACGGCGGCGGCAAGGAUCAUCACUCGGACGAGCACUCCGCCAAGGGCGAGAAGGGCGAGAAGGGAUACAAGGGCUCCCACGGAUACGAGAAGGGCGAGAAGGGCCACCACGACAAGGAGGGCCACAAGGGGCAGUACGGCGAGGAGGAGGGCUACAAGAAGAAGCACUUCGACGAGGGUGGCUACCACCACGAGAGCGACAAGGGCGAGAAGGGCGAGAAGGGGCACAAGUACGAGGAGAAGGGCAGCUUCAGCAAGGGCCACUCCACCAAGGGAAAGCACGAGAUUCACAAAGUGGAUGAAUUCAAGAAGGACAAGAAGUUCUACGACGAGGAUCACGAUGAAGGAUUCGAGGAGAAGCACGGAGACUUCCACGAGGAUCAUGGCUACAAGAAGGGCGGAUCGCACAAGAAGGGCCACCACAAGUCCGGCAAGCACCACGAUCACUACGGCAAGAAGGGCAGCCACAAGAAGGGACACCACCACCACGACCACUCCGGCCACAAGGGCGAGAAGGGACACGAUGAGCACCACUCGCACAAGUCAGAGUAUGGCAAGAAGGGCGGCAGCGACCAUCACAAGAAGUUUGGACACAAGAAAGGCCAUGGACACCACUAA